AUGGAUUUUGUAGAUGGAACAUUGCAUCGCCAUUCAUCAAACGUAGACAAGUUUGCUAUCAACUGGCCUCAACCCUUGAAUGAAUCUCGGGUUUAUUCUUGGGUCUCUAAAGUAGUAAGGGGUAAACUUAAAGAGCUCGCACUACAUGUGAAUCACUGGUAUCAUUGCAGCUUGGAAUCACUGGUGUCAUUGCAGCUUGGAAUUCCCGGUAGUUCUGGUUUCACCUUUCCUAAACACAUCUCUCUCCCAAGACUUAAGCGCCUUAUUCUUAAUGCAUUUGAGUUCAGCGAGGAGUCUUGGAAUGGACAACUCUUUUCGAAUUCACCAGUCCUUGAACAUUUGGUUCUGCAUUUCUGUAAAUUUCGCAUGAGGAAUUUCAGUAUUCUAAUUCCUACACUCAAAUUCUUCACAAUUCAUGUUUCACGUAGUGAGGAAAUUGGUUUAGACUGUGUUUUCAAUAUUGAUGCCCCAAGGCUUAUCAGUUUCUCCCACUCGGAUUUUGUUGCAAAGGAAUUCAUCUUGUCCAGCUUUCCAUCUGUUGGAGUCUUGCAACAAUAG